AUGGACUCGCUGGGCGUGGAUGUCCACGUGCUGUCAACCAACGCCAAUAUGUACUUCUACGACCUGGCCGUGGACCAGACCAUGGCCAUGCACCGGGAGUGCAACGAUUACGUUGCCCAGUUGACCGAAGAGUAUCCGGACCGCUUCGCCGGCCUGGCCCACCUUCCGAUGCAGGAUGUGGGCGCGGCCAUCGAGGAACUGACCCGGGCGGUCGAAGAGCUGGGCCUCAAGGGCGCCAUGAUCGGCGACCACGUGAAUGGCCGCACCUUUGACGAUCCGGUCUUCCAGCCGCUUUGGGCUACCGCGGAACGCCUGCGGGCAAUGUUCCUGGUUCACCAGGGCGGCGACACCGUGGUCUCGUCGCGGUUGAAUCGUUACCACGUGCCCAACACCAUUGGGAACCUGGCUGACCGCGCAAUCACCUACGCCUCCUUCGUUUUCGGCGGCGUGAUGGACCGCUAUCCCGGCCUGCGGGUCUGCCUGUGCCACGGCGGCGGCUACGCCUGCUACGGCAUCGGGCGCAUGGACCGCGGCUGGCAGGUGCGGCCCGAAGCGCGCGCCAACAUCGACCAGCCGCCCAGCGCCUAUCUCAACCGGUUCUACUACGAUUGCCUGACCCACAGCGAAGACGGACUGCGCAUGCUCAUCGACAUGGUAGGCAUUGAGCAGAUUGUUUUCGGCACCGACUGGCCCUUCGAUAUGUGCGCCGACUGGCCGGUAUCCUGGUUGCUUGGCCUGGACAGCCUGACCCGCGACGAAAAAGAUGCGAUCCUCUUCGCCAACCUGGAGAGGCUGCUGCAGAUCUAG